AUGGUUCUUCCUGUACAAUCUAUCCAAUUGAAUCAGUAUGGAAUAACUGAUCCUGUGUCCAACGAAGGUCCAACAAACAACGAUAUCAAGGCUUCCAGAGAACUUCUUAACCUACUAAAAUCAUAUAAUUUGUAUGAAACUGAUGAAGGUAAAAAAAGAAGAGAAGAUAUUCUGGAAUCUCUGAACCGCCUCCUCCAACAGUUUGUUAGAAGGCAAGCUAAAAUUAAUAGAGGAUUAACAGAUCAAGAAGCAAGUCAAGUUUCAGGUAAACUGCUUACUUUUGGAUCAUAUAGGUUGGGAAUCGUAGCUCCAGAUAGCGAUAUCGACGUUUUGUGCCUAUGCCCGAGGAGCGUAACACGAGAAUCAUUCUUUUCUGAUUUUUAUAAUACAUUGACAAAAGUAGAAGGGAUAUCUAAGUUGCAACCUGUCCCAGACGCCUACACACCAGUAAUUAAACUAUAUUUUUAUGAAAUAAGCAUCGACAUACUGUUUGCCAACUUGGAUGCCCCAACUGUUAGUCCACAUAUUAACGUUUUGGACGAUAACAUUUUACGUAACAUGAAUGACUCUACAGUUCGCAGCAUUAAUGGAUGUAGAGUUGCAAGUUAUAUACUCGACUCUGUCCCAAACAAAAAUUACUUUAGGACAACACUCAGAUUCAUAAAGCUCUGGGCCUCAAGACGUAAAAUAUAUUCAACAGUUGUAGGAUAUCUUGGUGGUGUGGCUUGGGCAAUUUUAACGGCAAGAGUAUGCCAACUGUACCCUAAUUGCGCCCCAAACCAACUCAUAGAGAAAUUUUUCAGGGUAUUCUCAGUAUGGCAGUGGGAAUGCCCAGUGACCUUGUGUAAGAUAAAGGAGCCGCCAAACAUUCCAGGACUAAUGUCGUUCAAAGUAUGGGAUCCGAGAGUUAACCCUCAGGAUCGACAUCACCUGAUGCCAAUAAUUACCCCUGCAUUUCCUUCUAUGAAUUCUACUCAUAAUGUAACUGCAACAACCAAGAAAGUGAUAACAGAGGAGCUUAUGAGGGCUUUGGAGAUUUUUAAAACUCCAAACCUCUCGAAUCUCGAACUGUGGGAGAAGGUUCUAGAGGAACAGGAUGUAUUUUCUAACUACAAGCACUUUCUUGUAAUAGAAGUAUACGGAUCUACUGAACAUGCUCAUGGAAAAUGGGAAGGAUGGAUUGGAAGUAGGAUGAGAUUCCUUAUAAGUAGACUGGAGAACUUAGGAAACACACACAUAAGACCAAUUCCUGGGUUUUUUAAAUUUGAAGAUGAUAAUUGGGAUUAUGCGUCAUCUGCCUUCUUCGCGUUCAAGGUCAUAUCGGGUGUGGCAGAAAACUCAAAAACGCUGGAUAUACGCUCAGCGGUCCAGUCAUUUAAAGAUAUCAUAAACAAUUGGAGCGAUAUGGAGAAGUACAGGGACCAAAUCAGCUUUAAUAUCAAACACCUUAAAAACAACCAACUCCCUGAUUAUGUUCUAUCAAACAAGUCGAAAAAGAGAUCAAUAAAUGAAAUAUCAGAAGAAUCUAAUAGAUUGUAA